AUGCCCCUUUGUUCUGUGGUGUGCCAACCCAAACUGGCUGGCACUUCUCCUGCCCAUCUUACCCCCCACCCCUACCCCACCAUGCCCAAUCCUCCCCUGGUGAACAGGCAGAAUGCAGUGUCAGGAGGGUGUGAUGCAGAGUCAGACCCUCCAUCAGGGCUGCUGCUGACCCAGGCAGGCGUCAUUGUUCUCAAGCUGGUGGGGUUGGGUCCCCAGAGACAGUGGCUGAGGAAGAAGGUGACCCAAUCCCAGGAAACACAGGGAGAUGGAGCAACUCGAUCCAAGCAGCACAAUGAGGAAAGCACUCUGCCCUCCUACAAACCUUAUACAAAAGCCAGUCUGGGCCCCAGCAUCAGUGCUCCUGGAGUGGCCAUCACAGCCAGGCCAACCUGCCUUACAAGUCCCCCGCCCACACGCAUUGGCCUGAUGCAGUCCUCUCACCUGUGCAAAUACAAGCCUGUGGAAAGAGAGAGUUUGGGCCUGACAGACGUGCCAGACCUGCUGCCAAAGCAUCAGCCUCCACCUCACCCUGCAGACACGGCAGCUCACGCACGCGAAUGCACUUGA